CGUACGAAGGUGAUGGUGUUCGUGAUGCCCAACUUUGGAGCAGAUAUAUCAGUACAGAAUUAAAAUAAUGACAUUUUCUCGUAAGUCGAUAACUUAAAAAAGGUGAAAGACGUUGUCAGCUAUUCGUGUGGAACUGUACUAUCCUGUCUAAGCGAACGCUUUUUUCAGGUAGCCAGAGCACACUUAAAUUUUAACAUGGGAAAAAAGAAGAAGAGCCGUCAACAAGAGCCAUCCUUGCAAAAUGGAGCUGAUUCAACAGAUUCUAAUGAUGAAAAUCAGGCUAGUGCUACAGGUGGUAAGUGCUGUCCCCAUGUGACAAAAGCAGUUGACUUCACAAGAGUGAAGAAGGCACUGAAACCAGGAGGCAUAGCAAGUGAAUGUGCAGAAUGUCUAAAGAGUGGUGCUGGGGCAACAGUAUCAACUGAUGGAACACAGGAUUCUGGUUCUGUGGGAGGCCUGUGGCUCUGCCUCCGCUGUGGUCAUCAGGGCUGCGGACGCAUGCGAGCACAGCAUGCCCUCAAGCACCAACGGACCCCCCACUCGGACAGCCAUGCCCUCGCAGUCAACACGGAGCAGUGGAAGAUUUGGUGUUACGAAUGUGGCACAGAAAUAGAUCCAGUCUGCAGGAAGAAAGUACAUGAAUGUGUCGAGUUCUUGAAGCGUCUAGAAUGUCCAAAGCCAGCAAAGGAGCCACAUUUAAAUGGUGAUGUUAACAUGGUUAAUGAACCAGAUACAAACCAACCACUUUCAGAUGUAACAAACACUAUUGCAGUAGUGGCUUCGUCUGUUGAACAAAUAAGGAAGGCUGUUUUGAAUGAUCUGCCAAGAGUGAGGGGUUUGAAAAAUCUGGGAAAUACUUGCUUCUUCAAUGCUGUCCUGCAGUGCCUAGCUCAAACACCCUUCUUGCUGCCCGUUCUGGAGGAAAUGAAAGAAGCAGGUGCGAAAUUCCAGCUACCAGGGGGUGCCCACCCACUGCUGGAAAAUGAAGAAAAAUUGCCUCCACUGGAAGGUGAUCUAUGCAAGUGGCGGGAACUGACAGAGUUGCUGGUUGACAUACUGCACCAGCUCCGGUCAGGCCGAGUUGAAAUACUAGAUCCCCGGCAGCUGCUCGAUAAACUCUCACAGCGCUGUCCACAGUUUGCUGGCGGUGAUCAGCAUGAUGCACAUGAGUUACUCAGACACUUGCUUGAAGAAGUGCGCACCGAAGACCUUAAGCGCUAUCAGAAGACUAUCAUGGCAAAAUUAGGACUGUCACCAAAAACAGAUCCAGCAUCAGUGGAUGAGGAGGUGAAGAAGAAAGCAAAAGUGUAUGGCAUGCAAGCACAGGAGCUAGUGCUGCAUCCAGAACAGGUGUUCAAGGGGCAUCUGGUGAGCACCCUGGAGUGCCAGGACUGUCUCCACCACUCUCAGCGGAUUGAGAGCUUUCUCGAUCUCAGUCUGCCCAUUAAUAGCGAUAAGCCUCAGCCUCCAGCAGUGAGGAAAAAGAACAGCAUGGAAUCAUUUGAUUUCGGUGGGAAUUCUACAGACGAUCACCCUUCAAAACAUCAGCUGAAAAAAGAACGAAGAAUGCAACGUAAAGCCAGAAAAAUAAAGAAAGGAUUUAAUGCUGAUCCACACAAAGCUGAACCAACAAUAGCAGAGGAAACAAACAGCAAAAGGAAUUCCGGAGAGUCAGAGCACAGUGAUGCUGAUGUAGAAGAUAACUUGGAGCAAGAAGCAACACUGGCACCAGGGCAGAAUGGAGAGUCUGGCUACAGCUCAGAGAAGGCAGAUGUGGGUCGGGAGGACUCAGGAUGUUCAAGCCCAAUUUUGGGCGCGCCACUGCUCUGUGAUGAGUAUGCUGAUUACAAUGACGAUGAGCACAUUGUGGUGGGGCCAUUGCUCAACAAUGGUGAUUCAGCAUUAGCCAGCCCUGGGUCUCCAACCGCUUGUGCAAGAGAAGCAGACCCGUUGUCCAUCAUACCACUUCCUCCACCACCACCACACUCACCUUCACCGACACUGUCACUCCCGGGGCGGUCUGAGCUGACACUCUCACUGCCACAGAUAAUCCCUCUGCCUCCACCACCUGCAUCUUCACCAACAGGAGCACCCAGUCCUGCCUCCUCUGAUGUCAGUGUGGAAGUUGCAUGUGGCAGCCCCGUGCCGGAUAUGGGUUCGGCUGACUUUGCUGAUCUGGAGGAUAGGCCAUUCUCUCGCUUUGGAUUCCGUGAGGCAGAUGACAUGGUACCCACACCCAACCAGUCAGUCGGAGAAGAGACACCUGUUGUGGACAUCUGCAGUGGAAUUGGCACUCUGUCUUUGAGCCCUGGUGGUGCAGCUGGUGAUGAGACAGGUGCUGUUCUGAAUGGUGUAACAAGCUGUACACCAUCUCCCAUCCUAUCACCUCCAUCACCUGAGGGAACAGAUGAAUAUGAUACCAAAAAUCGAACUCUUGCACCACGGUAUCAGUGUGCAGAGGGAGAGUGUUCAGUGCUCUCCUGCUUGAACCAGUUUACUGCAAUUGAGCUGAUGACUGGUAACAACAAAGUGGGCUGUGUGAACUGCACCCAGAGGCACAACAAAGGAAAAGAGGGUAAGAUGGUGUGCACAAACUCCACGAAACAACUACUGAUCAGCAGCCCACCAGCAGUGCUGAUCUUACACCUCAAAAGGUUCCAAGUUCAUGUGAACACAUUGCGGAAGAUCACUCGCCAUGUUACUUUUCCACUGGUUUUGGACCUUGCACCUAUUUGUUCCACAAAAUCUAAGGAGUCUCCGACUGUGAGGCCAGAUCAAAAUCAAAUAAUGUAUUCUCUGUAUGGCGUAGUGGAACACAGCGGAACACUUCAUGGAGGGCAUUAUGUUGCAUUUGUCAAGGUGCGACCAAUACUGUCGGAAGAUGAUUACCGUUGGUCAUUUGUCCCCACAUCACAAGGCUCCCACAGAAAUACAUCUCAGGCAAUGAAGAGCCAAGCACAAGGCACUGCAGAAGGUGGAACGUUCACUCCGCCACCAGGUCGCUGGUAUUAUGUCAGUGACUCUAGAGUGAGAGAAGUUGAAGAAGAGGUUGUGAUGCGCAGUCAGGCAUACAUGUUGUUUUAUGAGCGCAUAUGGUAGCAGGUGAAGACUGUGUGUGUGUGUGUGAGUUCUUCAGUGGUGUGCAAGGUGAUGGCAUUUAUUUGCCAGCGUGUAUCAAUUAUUUUGUUGGAAGAUAUUUAUUUGUUAUAAUGAUUUAGUUCUAUGAAUGUAAGAUUACAACACCCGAAAAGAAAUAUUCCUACAUUUUUGAACAGAACUAUUUUAAUUCCUCCACAUGUAGUAAACUGUGAAGUAACCCUUCUGAACUGUGUGUGUGUGUGUGUGUGUGUGUGUGUGUGUGUGUGUAUCUGUAUCUUUUACACUGUUUUCUUGCAUAUUCUUCUGAGGAUUUUGUUAUGAAAUUUUCUGAAGCAUAGUAGCCAUUAAGGUUUGAUGUGUAGAAAUGCUUUGUUGGUGGUAUAUUCGUGUUGCUCAGAACGAUGAUCCUUUCAAUUUGAGUGAAUGUUGCAUGAUCAGUGUCAGUUUGAUUCAUUAGUACCUACCUUAUAAGGAAAUCUGUCCAUGUUUGCCAAAACAGUUGAGGUUUCAUCCAUAAGAAAGUUCCUUCAUGUCGUGCUGGCAUUUCAGUUGUUGUUAAUGUUGCUGUUGUGAUGUGUUUUGCUACAUAACUAUUUUUUGUGUGUACAGGAAAAUCUCUGUGGUAGUUGACAUUAUUUUUGAGUCAGAAAUAUUGGUGUAAUUGUUGUGUAGCUCUGGGCAAGUAGUUAGUGUUUUGACUGAGGCCAUCUGUCUUCUUACCUUUAUGUAAUGGACAAAUGAUACAUUGUUCUGUUAUGUUUGAGAACACUUCUUUUUUGUGUUGUUUGGUUUUAUAUCACUUCUCAAAAAUGAAGUGUUAGCUGAUAUGGCAUUUUUCUAUCGAUAUUUAUUUAUAUUCCUCUUGCUGUGUGCUACUGAGUUAUGCUGUGUGCAGAGAGCUGUGUGAUAAGAAAGUCAUUAAUUAUUACAGCUAAGAACAAAAAUGCGAAACUGAAUGUAGAUAAGAGGAGAAUUAUACAAAAUUAUGUGUUUGUGAAAGUUCAGUUAUUUAAACAGUGUUAAUGAGAAAUUUCUAAGAAAACAUCUCGAGGGAAGGUAUUCAUUUAUUGAACUUGAUUAUAAAUUCUGUAGGUGUUUAAAGGGGUGAAGUAAUGAAGUAAUGCCUUGUUAAAGGUACAAAGCAAUUUAGCAGUUUGAAUAUAAAUUGCAGUUAUUUUGUCAUUUCAUGGUAAUACAUUAGUUCGAUGAUUUUUAACAAUGAUAUGAGGAACUGAAGGUACCUGACCAACUCUGAAGAGGAGGAUUUUGUAUUGAGAGUGAAAUUGUGAAAACCAGACUUUUAUGUGAUAACUUACGUAAACUAUUUGACACGAUACAGUGAAUGAGAAAUUAUUGGUGUUUUAUACUGUAUGCAAAGUGGCAUGUCAUUCGUUUCAUAUGGAAAUAUGGGGAUGAUGUAGAUUCACGAGAGAAUGUGUCACUAUAUAAAAUUUGUUUGCGACACUCCAAGUUAAUGAUGUUAGCAUGGUGGCAUGUUGUUAAAUGUAAAAUCUAAAUUUCACUGUCUGUGUUUGUAUGCACAAUCUCUAUGUACUAUGCCUAAACAAGUACUGCAGAUCUGAAUGGAUAUGUGUGACAUAACACUAUUAUGAUUGUAGUAAUCACAUCUCCCUACAAAUGACCAAUGGUGCAUUAUUGUUCGUAUGAAAAGGACCAGCACCUUUGUAGAAACUGGAAGACAUGUGACUUUACAGUGGCACGCUGCUUAAUGUUAAAUUGGUCCAAGGGGUUGCUGUUUGAUAUAUAUAUUUGACUCUCCCUCUCCCCCCUCCCCCUCUACCUCCCUCUCCCCCCUCCCCCUCUACCUCCCUCUCCCCCCUCCCCCUCUACCUCCCUCUCUCCCCUCCCC